UUGAGUUUGAUCCUGCUUGCAAGGGACUCUCUCAGUUGAGCUCGCCAACGGACAGUGGAAAGUUGGGCUCUUGUCUUGCUGGUGUUCCAUAUUCCAGCCAGUGCUGUGUGUGCCUGAGUGAAUCUCCGUGGUUUGCAGAGGAGUUGAGAAAAGAUGGCUUUGAGGUUAGUGAUGGUGAAAAUCAGGACAUUGCGUUUCGCUGGCCCUGCGCUCGCUCAAUGAACAGCGAAUUGUCUCAGGCACACUGGGUCGGAAUUUCGUGUACUGACACACGGACAGAGUGCAUCCGAUGGUGACGGAAAAAUCGAAGAAGAAAGGACUUUUGGCAGGACUUUUGUGAAAGGAAAGAGAAGCAAGAGAACAAGCAGAUUGUCGCGCGGACUGCUUCUGGUUGUGGAGGACAAGGUGAGGCAGAGAGGAAGGUGGAGUGUUAGUUGGAAACAAGAACAAUUUACAUGAAUCCUGGGAAUACAUAAUUAUACAGCCUUUUCUCCUCUUCAUUGACUCUAGCGGAUGGAUUGGUGGUAUCGUUGGCUGUUGGUCUUCUGGGCACUGCUGGGCAUCCCAUCGCCACCCUUCAGUGACUGCCGGGCGAGCAACUUGAAUGGCGACUCAUCCGCCGCGUCCAGACGGUGCAAAGUGACGGAGUUUCCGUGCGAGAACGGCGGCUGCAUUCCUCAGUCCAAGUACUGCGAUCAGAAGUUCGACUGCUCAGACAGAUCCGAUGAGCCUAAACUGUGCACAGUGUGCAAUCGAACACUGUACGGCGAAGUGGGCAAGACUUAUGAACUCGAUGUCCGGCAACCGAAGGAGCUUCCAUUUAUUUGUGAUUUCAAUUUCACCGCUCUGGGCAACGAGCACGGAGACAUAAUCCAGAUCAACUUCAACAAAUUCAACGUGGGCCGCUUCACGUCCUUCAAGGAUGCCGGCUGCCACGACGGCUCCAUGGCCAUCCGGGAGGCACAGCUGCCCUGGAGCGGCGGUGUGUGGUGCGGCACGGCGUGGGGAUUCAAUUCCUACUACAGCGAGACACAAUCCAUUAAUGUGUCACUGAGAUUGUGGCGUCUGCCGGGGGGCUUGACCGCCGCAUCCAGUGCAUCUGGUGGAAACUUCGAGUUCGCCCUCUCAUACAAGUUCCUCAGGAGGGGGGACGCUUUGCUGCGCAGCGACGAGGGCGCGUGGAUGGGGGAGCCAGUGCCGGACAGCUACUGCAAUCGCCAUCUGUACGACUGUGACCAGCGCCGCGGCGGCUGUGUGAUAAGAUCGCCCAAUUUCCCCGGCAUCUAUCCCAGGAACAUCACCUGCUUGUACAGAAUCAGCCAGCGCACCAUCCCCAAUGGGCUGCACGCGAUGAUCGUGCUGCGGCAGAGCGACCGCCACAAGCUGCACAUCAAGGAUCAGGCGCCGCAGAUGGAACAGAACAGCCGCAUGCUGAGGAGCUGGGAGCAGUGCGACCUCGUGCAGGACUACAUCAGCGUGCGCGACGGCAAGACUCUGGACGAUCCCGAGAUCGCCAGGUUCUGUGGCGGAGACACGCUGCCCGAGAUCAUCGCCAGCGGCUCGGACAUGGCCAUUGAAUUCAAGACGUCGCCCUACGACAGCCUCUUCCACAACUUCCAGGCGCCGAGCUUGAUGGGAUACGAGCUGGAGAUUACGGUGAAGUACGUGAAUGCAAAUUCGCAGUCCUUCGUUCCGCCAGACAGUCGCUGUGAAUUUACGAUAAAUGCUUUCGAGAAUCCAUUCGGCGAAUUGGAGUCGCCGCGACACACGCUGCCGCCGAACACGCUCUGCCGCUACUACUUCCAGGGGCGCCACCACGAGACCGUGUGGAUCUCCUUCCUCAAGUACAACGCCGCCCUGGACACGAGCGCCGUGUUCGAGGCGCAGGCCGAGUGCGCCCCACAACUGAGGAUCUGGGACGGCAAGUUGGCGGCGAGCAACCGAAGCCAUGGGUCGCAGUACGACUUCACGCCCAACUCCAGCCUGCUGGCGGAGAUUUGUCGCGAGGACGUGCCCAAGCUCUGCUCCCGCUCGCUCAUCACGAAGCGCGCGCGUCCCUGCACGGCUGACGAGAGCUAUCUAUCGACAGGAUCUGACCUCACGAUGGAGUACAAGCCGAAUCCGAGCGGCCCGGCGCGUCUGUACGGCCCAGUGGCGGCCUUCCGGCUGCGCUAUGAGUUUGUUGACACUUCGCUGGGCGGCACGCCGCUGGAUCAGUCCUUCGAGACAUCGCUGUUUGCCCCCGAGCCGGCCGCCCUCACGCAGUCCCAAUCCAAGUCAUGCAAUCGCCUGUAUCGCUCCAUUUCCACGACUCGGGGCAUCUUCCGGUCGCCCACGAAUGUAUUCUUCUACGGACGUGGCGGAUCUGAGAACAUUUCCUGCACAAUUCGAUUUGAGGCCCGACGCGGCGAGAGCGUGAGGCUAACCAUCACUCGUGCCCGCUUCGGCGGUCGCUCUUGCCAGAACAUACAGAACCGCUCCGGGCGCUGGCACUGCGACCAUCACGGGGGCCCCGUGGCGGAUCUGCGCAUCGGAGAAGUGCCCUGGAUGGACGUGGGCCCUCUUCCGCGCGAUUGCAUCUGCUCGGACGUCUCCCGGUCGCUCAUUCUGGCGCCUCUGGCAGCCAACAUAGUAGAAGUGCAGUUCAACACACACAGCAUGAGCGUGGAUCAGGAUUUCCGUGACUUCUACUUCGAGGGCAGGUACGAAUUCACGGCGGACGGCUGUGCCACGGAUUGGAGCAUGAGGCGCCUCAAGGGCAGGAGUGGCAAUGCCUCGCUAUCGGCGUCCGAAUGCGCUCCGCUGAUUCAGCCGUGGCUGCUGGAACCGGAGUCUCCGGAGGGCUAUCUAGUGCUGAAGCUGAAGGGCUUCUGGAUGCCGACAGUGAUGAAUUCUGUCGCUCCGUGUCCCACCGAUGCCAGAAUCACGGUGUACUCGACAAACAAUCCGGGCAGUCAGCGCGAUUUGUGCCCCACGACUGGGAAUGACGUGGUGGCGUUCUCAGACGGUUGGGACAGUGCUUUCGAGUACAGUCCCGUGGAGUUGUCGCGCAGCCUCGUGGUGGAGUACAGAUCACCGUGGAAGUCGGGGAUUGACAACCUGGAGUAUAAAUUUGCUUGGAUGGAAGUGUUUCCGCCGAUUGAAUGCCAUCACAAGUGCACAGAAUUGCAGGCGUGCAUUGCACCUGAAUUGUGGUGCGAUGGUGUGAAUCACUGUCCAUCCGGACAGGACGAGAGCGCCGUGGAGUGUGACAUCAAUUUGCCCCUGUCGCCACUGUACGUGGGAAUCGCGGCGGCCACAUUCACGUUGCUGCUGUCGCUGACGGCGGGCCUGGCGGCGUGUGCGAAGCGCAAGAAGAUCGAGGUGAAGCAGCACUACGACGCUCACGGGGAUGUAAAUGGGCACUUCCCGCCCCACUUGGCGGCCCACCAUCAUCACCACCUGCCGCCGCACGCCCUGCCGCCCAUCUUCAUCGACACGCCGGCCAAGGACAGCUUCUGUUGACAGGAGAUCGAGACGUCCGUGUAGCUGCGAGGUGAGUGCGGAUCGCGCCAAGGGUUGUGAGUGAGUCAUGUGAAUACCAAAGAAGCAAUACGUACUCUGAGAAAAUCAAUAUCUGUGCUAGAUGGAUAUUUGACGAGAUCCUAUCCAAAUGCAUUGGACAAUUGGGGAAACACAUGUGGAGCUUUUUCUUGCGUUGGGGCGGCAGAGAGAGAGCCUAACAGUGGGGGGAGAGAGAGAGAGAGAGAGCGUGGAAAGGUUCACUCUCUCCCCAAAUCGACUGCCUAAUGACUCUCCUCUGACCCACAAUUUAUGGAGUAUUACAUAUGGUGCGAGCAUAAUUUUCUCAGGCUGCGAUGGAAGGGAAAAAAGAAGGGGUUGCACAUGAGAAAGACAAAUUAGUCGUAUAUUAAAGCUCAGCAUUUCACAAGUCACGUUUAGAUAUUUUUUUCUCUCCUCGCCUCGAGUGUGGAGGAGAGCGAGGGAAAUCCUCGACAGCACGCAUUUUCCUUUCAAUUUCGCCUCCCCCCCACCCGCCCUGAAGCCUGUUGGGGACUGCAAUACUAUGCUCAAGUUUCCCCAAUUUUUUUCCUCACACACGCCAAAAAAUGCCGAAAGCAGGCAGUGUAGAGGGCAAAGAAGAAAAAACAUGUGCGAGGAACUCAUAAGAAUAAGAACACAACGAAUAUUAACUAUUUGAACUUUUGUAAAUAAUAUAGAAAUACCAGACACUUGUAGUCUCGAGAGUGAUAAAUUUUACCGUGAACAUGAAAAAGAGAAGGAGAAUGUUUUGGGUGUAAAAAGUAUUAUUCCAUGGGAAUUCGAGGAAAUAAUUUUUCAUACAGUGUGACAUAAUUUCCACCUUUGUGUUUUUUUUGCCACACGCAAUUUCAGCAUUGCAGAGAGAAAGAGUCUGCAAGCGAGAAAUUAAGCAUGAGAGUCCCAACUUAAUAGACUGUUAAAUUAUCCCGGGCAAUUUAUAGUUAGCAAAAGCUCGCAAUUUUCUCUCCCCUGGAAAGACGGCAGAAAAUCAAUCUGCAGUUCUUCCUUCAUCUCAAGGUAUCGAAAUAAAUAAAUGAAAUAUUCAUAAUAUAAAUAUCAUGAGUGAGUGGAUAAGUGAAUUAUUAAUGGAUGAGUGAGGAGAAUAUAGAAGAGGAAUCAUUGUGCAGAUGAGACUCGCUGGCAUGAUUUCUACGCCCACAAAUACACUCAUGGCAAUCAUUUCGGGAGCGGAACGGCGUGGAGAAUAAUUAGGCAGUGAAGGAUGUAUUUUAUGGUAAUUUGUACUCAUUUCGAUAUAGUCUCGCGGUCUUCCUUAAGGUCUUUGUCUCAAUUUUCUUCUUAACUCUGCACUCUUUAAUCACGGCAAAGCCAAAGUCUCUAAUCGCACUGUUGCUGGAGUCUCACUUCUACGAACUACAAUCCGUUUUCCUAAUUUCGUUAUUGUCCUUUCGUGCUUCUGGAGAAGACAUCUUCCUCCCUUGGAAAGGAAGAUUUUCAAUCUGAGCUAAGUAGCUUCAAUGCUCCAAAAUUUUCGUCUUUUGUAACACUUUUUCCUUUCUCGACUCUUCUUUGGAUUCAUGAGAAAGAUUUUUAUGAAAAUGUUUGGCUUUUUCUUAAAACAACAGAAUUAUUAUUCGGUUUACUUAAAGUAAUCGCAUUAAUUUCUCAAGAAUUUCAAUUAUGUGUUUUAUUUUGAAGGCAAAUCUGCGUUUCCGAAAAUUUUUGCCACGAGUGUCGAAUAUUGUUUGGUAAAAAUCUAAUUCUGAAUUCCAUCGUGUGUUCAAUCAUCAGAAUUGUUGGCGUAAAUCACUCUUUUUCUCCUCUUCUUUCGAUCCCCUCCCAAAUAUUUUCUUUCCCACGGAAAAACAGAAUAAUUCAGAGGGCGAAGGAGGGUGGCAAAAAGCCGAGGCGAAAGAGUUGAUAUUGUGUGAUAAGAAUUGGCAAACUUUGGGGUGAGCAGAAGAAGAGAGUGAGAGAAAAAAGCACUUGAGGAUUCUCUCGGUCUAUUUAUUUUAUUAUAUUGUGUACAUGUUGGCUAUAAUAAAAUGGAGUGAAAUGAAUAAUAAAUAUAAAAGUAAAAUUGUAAUGAAUACUGAUAUAUUAUCAAGCUAUUUUUCACCAUCAAAGGCGAAAGAGAUUACAAGUGAGACAAGCGCGAUAAGUCAUAAGGCGAGAGCGUAGAAAAAUGAUAACAAUGUGAUGACAUUAUUUAGAAAGGAAAUUUCUACAAUUAACUCUUAAGGAAUGUGUGGCAAUUGAUAUUUUAUUUCCGCAUCUGAUGUGUUUGGAAGUCGUCAAAAUUUGUAAUUUGUGAGGAAAUUAAUCAAAAAAAAAUGGUGGUGGAUGAAGAACGGGAAUUAUUUCCUUGUUAAUUGUUUGUCUGAAAGUCGAGAGCGCAAAUUUGGCGGCGGGGGAAAAUGGGGUGGAAUAAUGCUGCAAUUAAGACCAUUUAAUGGGGUGAAAUAUGCAAAAAGAAAGGGUGCAGAUCGAAAAUGACUCGAUGGAGCUUCGCUUGGCUCAGCAAAAGGUGAAACGUCCCAUUUAAUUUCACACCAAAUCACAUUGCCAGGCACAAAACAGGGGUGAAAAGUUUCUUGGCUUUAAGCGAUGCGAUCGAACAUAAGAAGUUCUUGCGAUAACCGCUCUUGGCGCUAGUACCAAAAUGUUGUAUUUAGGAUUUUUCAAUUAUCACAAUGUCGUGAAGAACC